CGUCCGGCCAGCCACCCGUCCGCCCUGAGGGCGUGUGAGGCGGGGGGAUGGCGACGAAGCUGACCAAAGCCCAGUACGAAGAGGUCGCCCGGUUCCUGGCCCAGGUGCCUCCGACCAGGCAGAGCCUGAGGAAACUGAGGGAGCGCUUCCCCAGUCAAUCGCAGUCCACUCUGCUGAGCAUCUUCUCCCAGGAGUACCAGAAAUUAAUCAAAAGAACACAUGCCAAACAUCACACUCCGGAGGCUACUGAGGCUUACUAUCAAAGGUACCUUAAUGGAGUGAUAAAAAAUGCAGCUUCUCCUGUAUUAUUGGACCUGGCCAAUGAGGUGGAUUUUGCCCCAUCACUGAUGGCUCGGAUAGUGUUGGAAAAAUUUCUACAAGAACAAGAAGGAUCAAUCCCUUCCAAAACUCUUAUAAACAGUAUGCUGCGGGACCCUUCUCAGAUUCCAGAUAGAAUUCUAGCAAACCAGAUCUAUCAGUGUACUGUGAAUGACUAUUGUUAUGGACCGCUGGUGGACUGCAUCAAACAUGCAGUUGGACAUGAGCAUGAAGUCUUACUGCAAGAAAUGCUUUUGGAGAAAAAUAUAUCUUUUUUAGCUGAAGAUCAGUUACGUGCAAAAGGUUAUGACAAAACACCAGACUUCAUAUUAGAGGUGCCAGUCGCUGUAGAAGGCCAUAUCAUUCAUUGGAUUGAAAGCAAAGCCUCUUUUGGAGACGAGUGUAGCCACCAAGCCUAUCUACAUGACCAGUUCUGGAGUUACUGGAACAGUAAGCCUUUUGAAGCCAUGGAAUUUUUCACAGCAAUAUUGACAGUGUUCACAUUUGCAUGAUGACAGCCAAGGAAUGGAGCAGUAAUUUUUGAAAUUGCAGAAGUAUUUAGAACACUGAUAAAAGCUGAAAUAUAUUUUUGAUGGAUUGAAGUUAAGCAUACAUGAUUUUUCCUGCUGUCAAAAGGCUCUGAAUUUAGUGAAUAUUUGCCUGCUGUGAGAAUGCAAGAUUAACAUCACAACCAUCACCCGGGCACCCAAACCCUGCAAUUUAAUAGCUUUUUAGGUUCUUUCCUUUUUCUAAACAGCAAUUAAUCUCAUUUUAGUACAAUUUUCUCGUUUCUGAAGUUGCUCAUUGAAUCGCUGUUUUGUUCAUAUUUGGCUUCAGCUCCUCUGCAUAGUCAUUAAAGUCCCAAUUAAUGUCACCUUUAGCUGAAGAGUACUCAUUUUUAUUGAGAAAAUGACAGUUGCUGCCAUGAGUAGUGCAGUGUAAUAUACAUUAAUUGCCCUGUAACACUGGUAAUUACGAGUUUUUCAAGCCUCUCAGUAAACUGUCAUGCCUAGACAAGACUGUGCUAAAAUAGAUUACUCAUUAGGGAGACCUGUCCUGUUUUCUGUUGGGUUCUUAGUGUUGGUUUAAAAAAAAAAAAUCUUGAGCUUGAACAAAUAGUUGCCAAAAGCAAUUUCCUACAACAACAUACUUCUGUUGGGUUCUCCACCCGUCACUUAAGUCUGCGGUCAGCAAAUAGACAGGGUGCAGCAGACUCAAGAGAAGCUGAGAUUUGGACAGUUUUUAUGUACGGUGCUCAGGAAUAAGCUUCAUAGUCCUUAAUUCAGCACUGUAGCAUUGUAGUAUGCUGUGUUAAAACAGAUACGUACUGCAUUAUGAAACAGAAAUUGGUACUGACAGUGUUUGGUUAGUAAAAUCAUAACAUCACUCACUGUCAGCUGUAUUGAACUUAUUAAACUUGUAGCCAAAUAGUUCUAAAUUCAGAAAUUAUCUGGUCUGUUGAAGAAUAAUGUAUUUGGGUGUUUUUGGGGUGUAUCUCGUACACUUUUAGAUUAUAUAUCUGAAGAACAUAGUGCUAAUACCAUGAGUGAAAUAAUUGGUUCUCAGUAUCAGCCUUUAAUACAUGUUGUUAAAUAUAUGUCACACCACCAACUGAGCUGAAAAAUCAGGUGCUUCUAAUUUCAGAACGAAUGUAUUUUCCCCUCUCUUUCCAGAGCAUUUCUUGUUUUUUUCAUUUUUUAACAUAAUCACUUCUAAAGGCAAGGCAGUGCUGAACUGAAAACCUUUGUUUUAUCUUUGUUAUAACACCUGCUUUAGGCAAUCUGCUCCCUUUCCUCCCCACCCCCCCAAAUGAAUUUUGUCACAGCCUUUCUUAUUCUCUGAUAGUGAUGAGCUAAUGAAAGUAGAUAGUACAAUUUGUGCUGACCAGGUAGCAACUGCCAGCGUACAGCUGAGGAUAGUUUAAAGAAAUAAAUAAAAUAUAGCACUAUAUCACUGAUUUACCCAUUACACAACAUUAAUAGUGAGAGACCUUGGUGUGUUUAUCUGUUUGUAUUGGUGUGCAUUUAUCGAAUUGUUUAUGACAAGACUAAUUGGGGUAAUUGUAGACACUGAAAUUACCUGUCAACUAUAUGUAACCACACUCCCUUUCUUUCUGACAAAUGAUGACAACUGAGGGACCCCGUAGCAUUACUCAUGAUGGCUUUUCGAGUGGUAAUAAGGACAAUAGGGGCCCUGGCUAAUUUGACAUGGACAGCCUUCACAACAAGAAGCCAGCUAAAUGACUUGUCAGUAGGGGAAAGAAGUCGGAAAAGUAAUGGAGUCCCCCAUGGCGCUCUGACAGGGAGAUGAGGCAAUUUCAACGGAAAGUGAAAAGGCUUCAGUUUGUCAAGUAUUUAGAACAAUCAGAGAACAGCUAGAGGCUGGAACCUGACAAUAAAUUUGUGAACCAUGGUAGCAGUUUCAUAUAGGUCAGUUAUUUCAUAAUGGUUAUGCAGCUUUUAGAGGUUUGUGCUUUCGUAGUGUACUUCACAUCCGCCAACUGGUGCUUUGUCACCUUAAAUUUGUGCUUUGCUUUUACACAGUGGGAAUAAUAGUUAAGGUUACAGAGUAACAGAAGUGUAAGACAGCAUGGUUUUCAGACCCCCCAAUAUACUGAAAAAUAAACAAAAUCUGGAUAGCAAUCCUGUGAUAGCAUCCAUUACAAGCCAGAGGUGUUAACACAGAGUAGUGGACUGCAACUUUCUCAUUUGUGUUUUAUUAAAAGCUUUCUUUUUUCUUCUUUUUUCUUAAUUAUUAUGGGUCAGUUCCUGAUGCUUUUUUUCUUGAACUAUAUUCCAAUUUUUAUGGUUUACAUACCUGUGGUUACAAACAUGUGUAACUAAUUACAUCACAAAAAUAACUUGCAUUUGUUUAAUGUUUUGCUGAAAGACUGGAACAUUAAAUAGAAUUAUUAAAUCUGAACUAUUUAUAUGUUGAGAUUUUCAUAAUAUUACUU